AUGGGUCGUGUUAUCCGUGGGCAGCGUAAGGGCGCGGGCUCGAUCUUCAAGUCCCACACGCACCUGCGUAAGGGCGCUGCCAAGUUCCGUGCUCUGGACUACAUCGAGCGCACGGGUUACAUCAAGGGUGUAAUCAAGGAGAUUAUCCACGACUCUGGCCGAGGAGCUCCAUUGGCUCGAGUGACGUACCGUGACCCGUACCGUUACCAGCUCAAGCACGAGCUGUUGAUUGCAGCGGAAGGCAUGUACACGGGUAUGUUCAUCUACUCGGGUCCGAAGGCCAAUCUGGCGGUGGGCAACACGCUGCCGCUGUCUGCACUUCCGGAAGGUACCAUUGUGUGCAAUGUGGAGGCCAAGGUCGGCGACCGAGGUGCUUUUGCCCGUGCUUCGGGUGAUUACGCGGUGAUUGUCACCCACGACGAGGACAAGCACAAGACCAAGCUUCGUCUGCCUUCGGGAUCCAAGAAGACAGUUCCUUCGGCGUGCCGAGCAAUGGUCGGCGUGGUUGCUGGUGGAGGUCGUACGGACAAGCCGAUUCUUAAGGCUGGUCGUGCUUUCCACAAGUACCGUGUCAAGCGUAACGAGUGGCCUCGUGUGCGUGGUGUAGCCAUGAACCCCGUGGAACACCCUCACGGUGGUGGUAACCACCAGCACAUUGGUCACCCGUCGACUGUACGUCGCGAUGCGCCUGCUGGUAAGAAGGUUGGUCUGAUUGCCGCGCGCCGCACGGGCCGUCUUCGCGGUAUUAAGAAGGUAGAGAAGGACAGCUAA